CCGGUGCCGCCGGCCGAGGGGCACCCCCGGGCGCAGGUGCCCGUGGUGUCGCUGGCACCUGCCUUCCGUCCCGAAAAUCUCCUUGGAAUACCUGAAGUCCCUAUGGCUAUGUAUGAUGAAGAUAUCUUGAAAAAUCCCUUUUAUUUGGCCAUUCAGAAGCGGCGUCCUGAUCUAUGCAGCAGAGUUGCAGAACUCCAUGGUAUUGUGUUAGUUCCAUGCAAAGGAAGCCUUUCAAGCAACAGUCUUUCUACCUGCCAGUUUGAAUCUUAUGUUCUGAAGCCGCUAGAAGAAAACUUUCAGACCUUGAAUGGAAAGGAGAUCUUCAUACAAGGAAACCUCAUCAUUUUAGGAACUGGUUUUAAUUAUCAUCUCUCAGUACCUGUUCUUUUUGAGGAAACAUUUUACAAUGAAAAAGAAGAAAGCUUUAGUAUACUGUGCAUAGCUCAUCCAUUGGAAAAAACAGAAAGCUCAAGUGAAUCUACAGCUUCAUCAAAUUCCUAUUCUCUUAAAAAUAUUGAAGAUGUUAGAGAAUUCUUGGGAAGGCACUGUGAGAGAUUUGAUAAAUACAUAGGAUCGUUCUAUAGAACAUUUAAAGAACAUGAAAGGAAAAGUCUCCGCCACUACAUAGAUUCUGUCAAUGCACUUUAUACCAAAUGUCUCCAGCAUCUUUUGAGAGAUUCGCACUUGAAGAUGCUUGCAAAGCAAGAAGAGCAGAUGAAUCUGAUUAAACAAGCAGUUGAAAUGUAUAUCCACCAUGCUAUUUAUGAUCUAGUCUUUAAGUAUGUGGGGACUAUCGAGGCAAGUGAGGACGCUGCUUUUAACAAAAUCACGAGGAGCCUUCAAGACCUGCAGCAAAAAGACAUUGGAGUGAAGCCUGAGUUCAGUUUUAAUAUACCACGUGCAAAGCGAGAACUGGGUCAAUUGAACAAAUGUACUUCCCCUCAACAGAAGCUACUUUGUCUACGAAAAGUGGUACAAAUUAUUAUGCAAUCUCCUAGCCAAAGAGUUAACAUGGAAACUAUGUGUGCAGAUGAUCUUCUCUCUGUUUUGCUGUAUUUACUUGUAAAAACAGAAAUCCCAAACUGGAUGGCCAACUUGAGUUACAUAAAGAACUUCAGGCUUUGCAGUUCAGUGAAGGAUGAAUUGGGAUACUGUCUAACCUCAAUUGAGGCUGCAAUAGAAUACAUACGACAAGGCAACCUUUCUGACAGAUCAACAGAAUCUGAGAGUCUGUGUGACAAGCUGCUUUUAAGACAAAGGAUGAACUUGUUGUCCCAGAUGUCUGCUACUCCAACAGACUGCUUGUUUAAGCAUAUUGCUUCAGGUAAUCAGGAGGAAGUGGAGCGAUUACUAAGUCAAGGUGACAGCGAUAAGGACACUGUACAGAAAAUGUGUCAUCCACUCUGUUACUGUGACAAAUGCGAGAAGCUAGUUUCUGGGAAACUGAAUGAUCCUUCCAUUGUAACUCCAUUUUCCCGGGAUGAUCGGGGAUAUACACCACUUCAUAUAGCUGCUAUUUGUGGGCAAACAUCAUUAGUAGAUUUAUUAGUAGCCAAAGGAGCUGUUGUCAAUGCUACAGAUUACCAUGGUUCAACUCCACUUCACCUUGCCUGUCAGAAGGGAUAUCAAAAUGUUACGCUUCUCUUAUUGCACUAUAAGGCAAGUACUGAUGUUCAGGACAAUAAUGGAAAUACUCCACUUCAUUUAGCCUGCACUUAUGGUCAUGAAGAUUGCGUCAAAGCUCUGGUCUACUAUGAUGUGCAUUCCUGUAGACUAGAUAUUGGUAAUGAAAAGGGAGAUACUCCUCUCCAUAUAGCUGCUCGUUGGGGCUAUCAAGGGAUCAUAGAAGUGCUUUUGCAAAAUGGUGCCAAUCCAGAAAUUCAAAACCGGAUGAAAGAGACUUCCCUACAGUGUGCAUUAAAUUCCAAGAUUUUGUCAUUGAUGGAAUUAAACUACCUAACAUUCGAAAGAGGACAGAGUGCUUCUGAGUCGCCGCUUAGGUCUCCUCAGCGCUCAGCAGAAACUUUCAGCAGAGGAUCAUCUGUCUCAAGCCUGUCAUCAGCCUCAACUGAUAUAAGGCAAGAAGAAGUAAAAAAUAGUUAUAAAGAGCAAAGAGGCAAGGGCCUAAUCCGGAGAGAGCUCCGUGAAGGGAAUGGCACUGGAAGUAGUGGGAAACUGAUAAGCUUAAUAACAAUACUUGGUGAUCUGGAAAUGGUACGUUAUCUCUUGGAAUGGAUGGAAGAAGACUUGGAAGAUGAGGACGACACAGUCAGUGCAUCAAAACCAGAAUUCUGCCAUCCAUUAUGCCAGUGCUCAAAAUGUGGGCCAGCACAAAAGAAAUUUGCAAGGAUCUCUUCUAACGGACUUGGAGUAAAUGUUUCAAACCAAGAUGGUUUUACACCAUUGCAUAUGGCUGCACUGCAUGGACACUCUGAACUUGUCUCUCUCUUGUUGAAACAUGGAGCCAGUAUCAGUGCCAAGAAUGCAAAGCAUGCAGUUCCUCUUCAUCUAGCCUGCCAGAAAGGUCACUUCCAGGUAGUGAAGUGUCUGAUGGAUUACAAUGCUAAACAAAACAAAAAGGAUAUCUAUGGAAACACUCCUUUAAUUUAUGCAUGCUUGAAUGGCCAAUAUGAGACUACUGCCUUGUUGUUACAGCAUGGAGCUUCCAUUAACCUUUCUAAUGCCAAAGGAAAUACAGCACUGCACGAGGCUGUGAUAGGAAAGAACGAAGCCCUGGUAGACUUGCUACUUCAGAAUGGAGCAAUGACACACAUCAGGAACGAAAGGAACUGUACCCCUGCAGACUGUGCUGAGCCGAAUUCAAAUAUCAUUAAGUUGCUGGAAACAGCACCAAGCUAUGUACCUACAUCAGCAGAGAGAGCAAAGGAGUGUGAGCAGCAUGCUACUAUCAAGAUAAGAAAAAAAGUGAAUUCAAAGCCAUGUGAGAAAGCUGAUGAUCCCGUAAGCAGACAACUUGAACUGCUCCAAUCAAUUAACAGGUUUAACAAAGCAAAACAUUUACGGAGAACAAUAACAAGAGAUAAAAGUGUCCCUAAUUUUGACUAUCAAUUAUUGCAUCAGUUAGCUAUUAAAAGCUUUGAUAAAACCAAGCUAAAAUCUGUUGAAACGCUGGACCAGAGCAAAGUUAAGGUUCCUGAUACAGGAUGCAGUGGUGAGUUCGUGAAACAUGAUGAAGUGGUAGAAGCUCCUCACAGGAGUAAAUUAAUGCACCGAAGACACACCGUUAAUGUGCCACUUUCAGCAGAGAAUGUCAGCGGUAAUAGUUUAUCCAGCCCUGGAAAUCCAAGUAUUUCACAAUCAAGAGACUGCUGUGAUGACUUGCUUUCAAAGCAUUGACAAGAAAGCGUGAAUUUGAUGUCAAGAGCUGAGGAACUUCUAGGUUGUGGGAAUUUCAAUACCCUUCACUGUAUAUCAAAGAAUUCAGUGAUGCUUGCAAGGCUGCCUUCAGAACAGAAUACAAGGAUGACUCUCCAGCAGAAACAAGAUGUUCCUAGCACUUUCAAAGAUUGAAUCCUCUGUUGAUGUUGGAGGUAACUACACAGACAGAGACAGAUCAUUACUGAUCUCAGCAAACAGGGACAUACCAAGAUGUAGUCAGCAAAAUUACUUUCCUAUUCUACUUAGCACUUAUUAAAAAAUUAUAUGUAACAAUAAACCAAACCAAACCCUGUAUUGUAUUUUUUGGCCACCCACUUUGUUUUUAAAAGUAUUUGAAUACUUU